UGCUGUGCGUGCGUGCACCUGCCCGUGUGCAAGUGGAUGUGUGCGUGUGCGUGUUUCUAGCAAGAGCUCCCCUACGCGGACUGCUCUAAUCGGACUGGCUGGCUGGCUGCGCUUGCUGACUGACUGACUGACUGACUGGCAGAGCUCGUGCGUGUGUUCUUGCAGCUUGCUUCUGACCGUUUUCUCUACGUUUUUCCGUCGUGUGACGGUAGCAGCCUCAGUGCGCUCAGUUUCUUUAGGAUCGUAGUUUGAGUUUUCCGUAAUUUUCACAGUGGCGCACCACAACUUCAGCAUCGGCAGCAGUGUCAGCAGCAGCAAAAACGGUUCAUGCAGAGUCGUUAGAAGUGUGGGAUUAAGUGUGAACGUGAAACUGGAUAGUAGUGCGCUAGUGUUCUGCAUUUCUGCAAAACUGCCCAAACGGAACGAAGUGCAAAUAAAUGAUGAAUAAUUGUGUCGACGAGCUGGCGUGUGGCUGGCAAUAGUGUGUAAAUUAAAGUUUGAAGUGUGUGUGUGUGUGCGGUGAUUCACGUGUUUCUUUUUUUUUUUGGUUUGUCUUCACUGUGAAUGGAAAAUAUAUAUAAAUUUAUGAUAAUUAUUGCGCACCUCACACCCACCGUAAGCGACGCAAAGUGAUUCAUUCCCGUUUUUGCUGAGCGUGUGCACGUGUCAGUGUGUGAGUUUUUGGUUCAUUCGCCCAGUGAAAACCUUCUUCCCUUCAGUGCAGUUUUUUUUGUUCGUUUUGUUUGGCAAAUGAAGCCAAAAUGAGGUAUGAAAAAAUUAUGGGAAAGCGUUAAAGUGUUGUGCCUCGGUGCGAAGUGUGCAGUGCAGUGUGCAGUUUGUUCCGUUUGAUUUAUUGUUAAUUUGUUAAACAAGUGUGUUAAAGUGUGUGUGUGUGUGUGCGUGUAUCUUUUUUGUGAGCUAAGCAGUGCUCAGAUGCAGUGUUUCGUCAGCAUUACCGCACAAGUGCAUGGUUAAGUGAGAGCCGCAGUUGCAGCAUAUAGCACUAUUGAGCGGAUCACUAGAAGCGGCGGAAGCGGCCAGCCAGACGACGACGCAACGCCACAUCUGCCACGAGCGCACAUCUAGCAAGGAGCAGCAGCAACUAGUAUGCUCCCGGAGGAAUAAACCCAUUGCAAGGACUCUAAGGAGAGAAUGUUUCCAUAGCAAUGGGAAAAGCCGCGCGACGGUCAGUUGCGUCAGAUCCGUCGUCGCCGACCUUACCCUACCACUACCAGCAAGAGCAGCAUCAGCAGCAGCAGGGACAACACCAUCAACGGCAGGUGCACCAGCAGCAAGACCACCUGUACUAUUCCUCGUCCCUGUCCUACCCCUCCUCCUACACGCCUUCGUCACCCUCCUCGCCGUCGUCGUCCUUCACGGACUCCGGUUUCACCGGUUCCGGCUACCCGAUACCAUCGCUUGCCUUCUCCUCGACUCCCGCCGGUCCGCAGCUGCAGGCACCGCGCACAGCGACCCUCCAGUCGGCACCGCCGGGCUACAGCUCGUCCUCGCUUGCACCGGGCGGAGCGGCCGAGCCCGGGUCCGGGGCGAGUGAACUGUUCAUCCAUUCGUCUACCGCGGCCACACCCAACAGCAACAUCGCACCGGAGUUCAGCAACCAAACGCAGGUCGACCGGGAACGGGAGCGGCUCAGGAUGGAGUUUUACGCCACGUACGACGUGAUGACGGGCGUCCGGAUAGCGGCCACGCUCGGCGGUUUCUUCGGCCUAAUGGUGUUCCUCGUCAUCUACAAGAGCCGCACGCGGUCGACGGCCAAAGCACUCAAGGAUCCAACGAUAGCGGCCGUCGCGGCCGCCGUCAUACAGGAGGAGGAGGAGCGCGAGCUACAGGAAGCAAUAGAGGCGACGGCAUUCUCGUUACUGCAGGAGGAGCUCAACAUCAACUACCCGGGGCUGCAGCGGGACCGCUUACUAUCGCUCGGGAACAUUAGCGCCCCUCCGAUGCUGAGCCGCGGCCGCCGAAUGUCCUCGAUCAGCGGUGGCUACAGCAGCCUGCUCAACCCUUCGCGCCGCUUCUCGUACAGCAGUACGCGGGGGCACCGGAACAGCGUGUCGGUGUCCUCGCGCGUGCUCAGUGCCUACAACAUGGGCGGCAGCUUCGGCCAGGACGAUUACGUGCUCGAAAGCGACGGCGAGGAGGCGGACGACGAGUUCGAUCAGUUCACCACGACGGCCGAGAUUGGCUAUCCGAGCAAUUAUCUUUCCGUGCCGAACAAGUGCAACGAAUCUCGCCGCAGCAGCGCGAUGACAUGCUGCAGUACGGAGAGUUCCUUCCUCGAGCGGCGAUGCUCCGCCAUCACGCUCGGCCUUUCCUCGCUACCACCGAUAUCGCGGUCACCGUCGCGGCAGCAGAGCCGUGACGACACGACCGACUGGGAACCGUUCUAUCCCGGCAUCAACAUCAUCGAAGCGACGCCCAAAUCGUCGCCCUGCCCAAGCGAGCGGAUAGCGCACCGGGGCCACCACCACCAUGGUGCCGACUCGGACCGGCCCUCUACGAGCCGGGGCAGAUCGGCGAGCCAGUUUCUGACGCCCCAGCCCUCCACCUCCUCGGGGGGGCCGCGAGUGAUCGCACCCGCGUACGACGACGGCUCGAUCGACUGCAUCUCGGAGUAUCCGGUCGGCAGUGGGCUAGAGGACGGCUUCGGGUACCGUCCGACGCGACAACGAGCACAGCCGAGCACGUCCGGCACCCGCCCGUACAGCAACGGACGACCGGCGGAUGACGUCAGCUUAGCUAACGGUGGCAUACUGCUGCAGCGAUCGGUGGCCGAGCCUCGCAGCGUCACCGCGCACGCGACGAACAACAGUAGUAAUAGCGCAAACGUUAACCACAGCACCACAGCGGUGCGGCGUGCCCCCCUAGCAUCGCUCAGUUCCUUCAAGAUGUCGUCGAUCGACUGCCAGGACACGGACCCGAAGAGUGGCGGUUCCGAUUCGGUGUUUGGCGAGGACAGUGGGGCCGACACGGACGAGGAUCUGCAGCAGUUCAGCACGGACAGUGACGAGCUGAGCCUGACGAUGCCGUACGAGGAGGACGAAGAAUCGCACGGUGGCCAGCAGCGCGUGCAGCGAACCGGAGGCCGCGGCUCGCUCUACCGGCGACAGUCAACGUUGGCGCAGGGCGACGAGCUGGAGGAGGAGGACGGCGGUACGUUGCUACCCUGCGGCAACGACCGUUCGGUGUACGAGCUCGAGCACGAGCUGGACGUUCGGCAGCAGCAGCAGCUGCACCACCAACCAACAACCGAUACUAGUUACUUAAGUAGUCUUUCAAUUAGCAAUCGCUCCGGCAGCAAGGGUAGGGCGGGUGAGCGGGGCGUCCAGCCAGCGGCCACCAGCGGCCCUGGCGUGGGGAAACGCAUCGAAACGAAAGCAAUCAUCGAAAGACAGCAACCAAAUGACAGCAGCGGUCGUGGUGGCAGCUACACCGCCGGCGGUAGCAACCUGCAGCAGCAGCAGCAGCAGCAGCGCCAGUCACCGCUCGGCGCCAUUCCCAAGGGGACGCGAACGACGACGACGACGGCGAGUGGGCCGCCACCGACCGUAAUGGUGCACCUGCCCGACGAUGAUCGGCCGAGCGGCAGCAGACGGAGCGCAGAAUCGGAUAGCAGCACCCGCCCGAGCAGUUCCGGCGAGUCGGCCCGCCAGCACCAGCAGUGCGUUGAGGUUAAUGUUAUCAUUAAGAACAGUAGCAGUAGCAGUAACACCACCAUUAAAAGUCCUUCUGUGAUUCUGGAGCUACCGAUACUGGCGAUCGACGAGGACGACGAUCCGUCCUCGUCCGCGCCAGCCCUGUCGGCGAACGAUCCCUGCAUUCCGGGGCCCUCGCGCAAGUGGUCCAAGGAAACGCUCUUCUAGUCACGGGCGUCCACCAGUGCGUCCGGUCUGUGGACGACGGCUGCCACCCAGCAUCAUCUACCUGCUCCUUCCGGCAACGCACCACCACCCUCCUCCUCACACCCCCACACCGAUCGAUCUAUCAAUCCGUCCAGAAAAACUCCAAGCUUACUACGGCGGCUCAUUCUCUCUGGCACACAAGACUUCUUCUGCAACUGCACAUCUCUCGCGCUGCAACUGCUGCUAGCUAUCCCCACAACCGCGUAGUCGUGCCGUUGGAGAUGUUGACCACUUUCGUUGAAACAAAAACGACUAAACCCCCCCCCCCCUCCCCAAAACGACUGCUGCUACGCACCCGGGGGCUCACGCUGUUGAUUUGUUGUUGAUGUUAGUAGCGACGAUUAGUAAAUAGUGUAGGCGGGCGGGCGAGCUGUCAAAUUCCGUUUACCAGCUGUCACUUUCGGGUCCAACCUGCCAACACAGCAAUGGUGUAGAUUAGAUUAGCGGCGAAGAAGCAAUGGCUGCGGGGUUGACAUUUGGAUUUGACAGACAUAUAUCACUCAUCUAGGGUAGAUGCUACUACCAUUUUCCUUUUUUCUUACUAUUCUCCAUCUUUUCACCCAUUUUCUCGUUCAAAAAACUCUAAUGGACCAAUCGGGACGAUAUAUUUGUGGAAGAGUGGCAAACGGAAAACCAAAAAAAACACACACACACAUAAUUCUCCCAUGACAAUAUCCGGUCCCGCAAGACGGCAGUGAGCGACAGAGGACAUUCCUUCCAGUUAUGAUUCUUUGCGUAAACGAAGCAAAGCAAACCCUCGGAGUGUUACCCCUCUCUUUAGAGCAACGAGUUUUUUAGUGUAGCAUGUGUGUAGGAUUGUUCCGGCUUGGUAGUUAAGGAAAGUUUUUUUUUUUUGAAAAAUUCCCUAAAAGAAAAAAAAUCCUCUCGCAGGACAAGCUGCCAAAAAGGAGAUGAAAUAGGUGCCGCAUAAUCAGCAAACUGGUGUCAAAUUCGUUUCCCAUAAUUUUACCCACACAUACUCUUGUGUAUAGAGCAACCUGAGUAUCAUCUCUCGUCUCACAAGCCGUACAGUCUCAAGCGGAAAGCAAUAAUGUAUUGGUCAAAAUUAAGAUAAUCGGUAAUUCGGGGGGGCAAAGAACAUACGUCAACGCAUGGGAUCGAAUAUUUAAAGAAAUAUGUAAUUGCAAUUAUGUGCCUAUUGAAGAAAUGUGUACGUGUGUGUGUGUAUGAGUUAGCUUCCAAUGUUCCAUUCUCUGGAGCAGGAGGCAAACUAUGGAUAAUAUGGAUAAUAUUUGGAUCAAACACGCACGCAAAACACACAUCUACUACUAUACAAACCCUCUCUAUAUACCCCCCUCGUAGUGUUCUAUUCUAUUAGUAAACGCAGCUUCAGCGCGGCGUCGUGUAUAGUCAUCAGUCUAGUGAGAAUAAAUCUACAGGUCAACGAGCUCUACACAAUCUAUACAAUACAGCAAACAAUCUAUCUUCUAUCAAAAACGGUCGGGCGUAGAGUAGGUCGAUUUAGGGGAGUUUGAAACAAGCAUGAAAGAAUUUUAUGUCGAUACAAAAACCAACUGUCACCUUCAAAAAUGCAAUCAGCAGUUACCAGAGUAGUUGCGGGAGUGGUGUCGUCGUACGCUUCCGCUGUGCUUCUUGUACACCGAGUUACAAGGCAAAGCAGCAGUGUGGUGGUGCAAAAAUGUCAUCUAAACUACACAUACACACUCUUUUUCACCCGUCGUCAGCCCUCUAAAGCAGAGCCACCGUGAUGGUGAACCUCUUUAGCCGAUCAUUUCCACCCAUAAGCACUCAUUUCACUGCUCAAUUAUUCCCCAUUUCGAAGAAAGGUUUGGGUGUUUUUUUUGCACCACACAUCUUGGUUGUCGCCAGAUUUUCCACCAUUCGAAACACACACACACACAUGCUCUCUUCCAUGGUCUUGCCGCGGGUUGUGGAGAACAGUUUGACGGCGGAAAAAGGCCGGUGCGAAUGUAAAGAAACGAAUAAAUGUUUAACCUAAAUUGUGAAAUUGAAAACUCUGGCCGAGGCUUUUCGGGACAGGGGCGUCCAAGAAAAUGCUACAGGAAUUGAAAACUAACAGAGACACACGGUACGAAAAGGAGGAUUUUGCUCGUGAACGGGACAAAACAGAAACCAUAGAACAAACCAACAAAAAAAACAACAGUGCAGCAGGAAAGUAGCAGGAAACCGAAGCUCGUCAGAAAGCUUGACGCAAUUUAAAUAUUCAUGAGACUGUGAGCGCCAGUCGACAGUAAGCAAGCGGCCCUCAAACUUGCGUCCUACGGUUGGAAAAGAUGUUCAAGCGUUUGAAUGAGUUUGUGUGUAUGUGUGCAUGAUUGGAUAAGCCACGCGCCGGAACAGUAAGAUGUACGGUCUAAAAAUGAAUUGUAAGCACAGAACAACAAUCACACCGAAUCGCGCGAAACGGUAAGAAAAUGAGCGUUUCGGAAGGAAAAGGUCAAAACCGAACAACAGCUGUGUAAGCUGCAAAUAGGCACCCUGUAGCGCUUCCGCAAUACGUGUGCAGAAUAGCGCACACAGCGACCAAGAGAACAAUGCAAAGAAAAGCCGUAGAAGCGUAGAAAUCUCAAAGUAGAACAAUUUCAGGCAAAAUCAUUCCCUUGCAAUGAGCACUGCGAAAUCACCGACAACAACGAAGGAACUGGUAUGCAUUUUCAUAGAAUUUUCCAAACUUUCUCGUCCCUACUUCUUGGAGCGGCCCAUGCCCACCACACCCCCAUUGGCGCUUCGUACAAUUUCCUUGUUUUCUAUCCGCUGCCUCCCCGCAGUCAAGCCGUCUGCAGAGCGGAGAAGAGAAAAACACGUGCAGGAAAGUUAAUCACGAUUUUCGUGUAACUGUUGAUAGCGUGGUAAAUAAACAUUUCCGGGUAGAUGGUAAUUGAAAAUUAAAUUGUGCUCAUGGUUUUUAACGCCACCUUCACAACCCGGUCGCUGUCGCGUUCGGUGCGGCCACAAAGUUCGUGGAAGGUAAAGGACAAGAGUUGAAUGUCGCCUCCAAGAACAACAUUAUUUUCCGAUUACUUGCUGCCUGAUGAACAGAGCUUUCGGAAGGAGCGUGUGGUGUUAGUUUGAACUGUGUGUUUGCGAAAGGCACUGUAUAAACCAACGUUUGUGGGCUUUCAGAGGAAUCAACGAAGAAUUGGCGAGUGGUAGCAAAAGUAUUAAAAUUUUAUAAAUCUUCUUCCCUUACAUAUUACAUCCUUUUUGUGUUAAAUUACUUCUUCUUUGAAUUUCUCUGUUUCGACACAAUUUAAAAGGGAAUAGAAAAGAAUAAUACCAAAUGCAUUUAAAGGUUUGAAAUAAUAACAAACGGGAAAGGUUGAAAACGAAAGCGAACAUCAAAUUAGGAAGGGAAGAUGAAUUUAAAAGCAAGACGAACAUGAUAUUAAGGAAAGCAAAACAUUUAGAAGGAAGCAAAUAGACCAAACGAAAACUUUGAAAUGAAACAAAAUCAUCAGCAAAACAGAGCGGAACAAAACAUUUCAAUAUGGCAAAAAAACUAAAAGCGAAGAAAAUUAAACAAUCAUCCAAUCUACCAACCAAUCAAUCAAUCAAUCAAUCAAUCCAAUCAAUAAGGUAAUGAGUAAAGAUAAGAAUUUUACAAUUGGAAAGCACACUAUCGAGAGCAGGAGCGGGAUGGUGGUGGAAAGCUGAAAGCAUACACAAAAGCAAAUAAAACUCGGUGUACACUAUAUACACUAAAUUCUAUGUUGCCUUCGGAGUUGAACUGUGAAAGACCAAAUCUGUUUUAACUGAGCUAGGAGAUAAUGUUUGUGUACGUUUGUGUGCGUGUGUCUGUGUGCGCGUGUGUGUGUGUUUGUGCGGGUAUUACUGUGUGUCCGUAUGUUGCUGCAAAAUGCGGGGCCGGGGAAAUUAAUCUCUACAAAAACGUCAUGCGAAAGCAACACGCAACGAUUAGUGUGACAGCUCAAUCUAAAAACAGGUGCUGAAAUAGGAGAAUUAGCAGAAAACGUUGUAACGAUUGAUAAUCAGAAUGUCAAUUUCGAGUAUAAAGGAAGCACAUGCAGGCGGGAGAAGAGAGAAAGAAAGAGAGAGAAAGAGAGAGUGGCAACAAAUAACACUUGUCUUAUUUUACCGUCGUAACGUUUAGAGCUCUAGGUACACUAGCUGUUUAUUGGGCGGUGGGUUAGUAGUGCACUGCUGCUGCAACUAGCUACCGCAUACUACUUACUGUCACUGAUCACUGUGUACUAUGAAGUAGCUGCCAUACGUGCACAAUAGUACAGCUGCGUGUGUCAUACUUUUAAUGAGAUUUCAAAGCGGGGAUUCAAAAUCUCCCCCCGGAAGACUCGUACGGGUAGAGUCGAGGAACAGAUCCACUAUCGCCACUAAUAAUUGUUGCUAGGUGCAUCAUUACUGGUUUCUCUGCUAGUGGUAGUGUGGCUAUUGUCUUAGCUGCGCAUCGUGCUGUACUUAUGAUUGCACAACAACACUUAGUCUCUCUUUGCUGAUAUGGGACUUUUAGUGAGCGAAUUAGAUGAGCCGAACAAAAAAAACUGUAACAAAUUGUAUUUUUAUUUUCUGUCGGAACGAUCAGCCAGUAUCUCUGGGAAAAACAACUGUACUAAAAACAAUGGUUGGCGUGUUAUUGAACAUACCAGUGACAGUGGCUACUGUCGUUACAAGAACUAGAAUAUUCAAUUGUCAUGUUAUUUUCCUUUCUAAAGUAUACGUCUCUUUGAAAUUGAAAAUGUUACGUUAAUUUUGAAAAUAUGUUUGUUAUUUUUACAACAAUUUUGUUGUCUUGUUAAGCACAUCUAUUAUCCCAGUGAAUUCUUCUCGUAUUAUUCCUUUUUUAUCGAAAGUUGUAAGUUGCAAGCUAGCUGGUGAUAGGAAUGUUUUCAAAAUUGUUAACUGCUUCGAAGGACGCGAUUGAUACUUAGCUAGAAUUCAUAAACAAAAUAGGAAGUGUUCCAAGACAAAACCAUAAAUAGAAUAGAGGCAAUGUUACGUGCGAAAGAAUUGUCAUAAAAGGAGGGCUAUUUUAUUUAAACUUCAAUAAAUACACUAUCAUUUUCAGAAAAAUCAAUACAAACUAAUUUCAACAGCCAAAAUAAAAUGUAUAAAAGCAAGUUGGCUCGAACAAAACAUUAAUUACUGAGAAGUAUACUCAGCUAAAUCGAAACUGUAUCAUCAACAUUUCCAAAUUGAAUGCUAAAUUGAAGAGAGAUGGAGAGAGAGAAUAACACACACACCGAUAACUAGAAGAAGAAAAAACAUAAAUAAAUCAAUGCAGUAGCUUUAAAUAGAGUGUAGAAUAAAAUACCAAUAUAAAAUUGUAACAAAUGCUUUGAGCUAGGCUUGCGUAUGCAAAAAUGAAACGGUCUGAUGCGUACCGUUUGAAGGAUGGGAAAUGGGAUUCUAGCACUCCGCAGCCAAUCUCUCUAAAUGCUUCUCCAGAGCGCCAGAAACCGUAGGAGAAAAAAGGGGUUGAGCUGCGUGUCUUAGACAAGGAUUUGUGAUAGAAAUGACUCGGUUUUGUUUGUCUGUAGUCUUCGUGUCCUCGUGUAGCGCCGCUCUGUGUACAUCCACCACGGUGAACGCUCGAUUGUCAACCUACUGAUGAAUAUAUAUACCUCUGGUGCCGCUCUUGGCACAGUAUGCUCUACUUUGUUCCGCUCCUUGUUGUCCGUUCCGAUUAUCUAUCAAAAAAAAAAACAUGUAAACAGUAGCCAAAAAGCGUAUAGAACAGCCGAACAAGAAAAGGCUCUCUAUGUCUUAGCACUCUCGAUGCGCAUUACUACACACAGGUUGUCCAGAAACACAGGUUGAACAGAAAAUAGGGGCGAAUCACUUACUACUGACUGAGCUCAACACAUUUACCAGUUAAUAGAGAAGAAGUUCCGCGUUUAUUAACUCAAUGCCCGAAUGCGUACCCAUUUGCAUGUAAGUCGUAUGAAACAUAUCUAGCAAGCAGUACUAAAAUAGAGUUGAACGAGUAAAAUGCAAAUUUACAAAAAAAAUGAAAACAAACAAAACACAGUAUAACACUUCAUGUGCGAUAGUAAACCAAACCCCAUAAGUAUAACAGAUGGAACAACACACUAAGUAAAAUUGUUAUACGGAUGUUAUAAUAAUGGAAGAGUAAGUCAUUACUAUAUGACAAACAGUUCCGAACGUUUUGAGAUUCACGCAUCAGUUAAACGAUAAACGAAGCAAACCCAAAACAAAAACAAAAACAAAUCUCGCAGUAUAUAACAAUAUAUUAAAGAGAAACAAUAAAUAACACUGUUGAAAUGUCAGACAUUUUAAUCACGAACCACCCCAUCCUGCGCUUCUUCUAUGCAGUUUGCAUUAUGUUUCUAGCUCUCAUCGCAACCCACUGUUUGCGCUCAACGUUGAUUCAAAUGCUGCAGAAUUAGUUGACGGACUUUGCAAUUACCAUUAGUGACAGACAAUUUGUGUAAAAGAAUCUAGCACUAAAAUGUAACAAUACACAACUGAGCUUACAAUCCGUCAGAAAGGGAAAGGUGAAUGAAAACGUAAAAAAGGAUAAACUUUUGCAAUUAAAUAGACACACUCGCCAGGGAAAAUGGUACGAAUAAGCAAACUCAGACAGUAGCAAACGCCCUGACGCCCAUAAGCAUGAUAAGAUUAAUAGGUCGGUAGAGUUCUCAACAAGUAUUGAAUUGAUAGCAUACGACGGUACCAGGGAAUGUGCGGUAUAUAUGUUGACGAUUUAGUAGACUAAGGAGCAGAACGUUUAGCUUAAUACACCCAAUCGUUAAAAGGCUUCAUUUUUUUUUUCGGUCAGCAUACAACUGCAAACAGUGCUCAAUACCACGCAAAGCACGGACACUGCAACCCAUUACUCGACAUUGUUACUUGUGUGUAUGAAGCUUACGUGAAUAGAGCAUGCGGAAUGCGGAAAGCAAACCAUUGAUAGACAAGCAAGUAGACGUUCAGCAACUCCCCGGUACAAUCAAUAGGCCGAAAUCCACACAGCUCCUAUGUACGAAGGCUUGAAUCGUUAUUGAGUAGGAUGAUAAAGCGACUAAUUGUAACAAACGUGACACACGACACGCCCCAACAAAACACUCCAAACAGACAGCAUCGUCUUUGUGGGCGUAUGCGCCCGCCUGCUUGCCGGUUUGGCAUCCCAAACCAACACUACUAAUUGUUUAGCCGUUGAACACAUUCAAAUUUUGCAAAACCAACAAAUAAAGCCGGAUGUUAUUGUAGUACGUUAA